CUCAGAGGGCACACGCAAGGAGUCGAACAGGAGUCGAACCACGGUAUCGUCAGAUAGCAUCAGAUGUUGUGUUGCACUGGAACUGGCACGUUCUGGUUUUGGUUGGUUGGGGACCUGGUUUGGUUCAGGUUUGGUUCAGGUUCGGGGUUAGGUUCAGAUUCAGGUUCAGGUUCAGGUUCAGGUUCAGGUUCAGGUUCAGUUCUGGUUCUGGUUCAGGCUCAGGUGCGGGUUUGGGUUCAUGUUUAUUUCUGGUUCGGGCAAUUUGUUUCUGUGGGGUUUCACUCCACGGUGCCAACUUCCCAAGUGUUUCGCUGCUUCCAGCCUUUGUUCCACUGCUUCCUUCACUGCUUCUUCCCUUGCGAGUCCCGGGCUCAGCCGUCUGGGCAGUGGCAAAGGCAGUGGACAUGCGCAGGAUACAGAUGCAUAUGCACAUGCAAAUGCAAAUGCCGUUCGUCACCAUGGUCCAUGGCUUCCGUCUGUAACCGUUUGUCUGUAACCGUUCGUUUGGGAGACUGUAACCGUGAGACCGUGAGACUGUGGACUGUGGAUGUCACGGUGUGGGGUGACACGAUGUAGUAGAUACCCGUGAGUCCACUCUGCGACUCUCACAAUGCUCCUGCUUUUGGGGAUUUGAUAUUCAGGGUCGAAUCUUGAAUGAGAUCACCACUGACCAGGCUCCGGCGGCGCACCGGGGAGCUGGGAGAAGCGUACGGCCUAUGCAGGUGUAGGUACUUGACUACCUACAGUACAUAUAUGCAUCCCCCCUCUCCAACCCACGAGCACGGUGGCUUCCAUGAACCUCGGCAGAUAUGCGGAAACUCCCCUCUACACGAGGACACGGGACAUCACUCAAGUCUCAACCUCUGCGCGGGCGG